GAGAACAUCACGAACUUCCUUUUGCUCUUCUUCCCUUUACUACCCACCUAGCUCUCGUCCUUUUUUUUUCUUCUUAUCUUUUUCCUUUCAACCUCUUUGGCGACUUUUCGUCUCACAUCUCUCUGCCACUUCUCCUAUUGUAAUUCGCGACCCUACAGGCUAUGAGUGUGCCGUUCCGGCCACCACAUACAAUACCGACGCAUCUCACAUAAAUCCGACAGCCCUUCAAGGACACUAAACGACCGACCAUAAUCUGCAUUCCUGCGGGCGUACCGCCAUGCCCCCACAUCAUGAACCUCUUAACUCACUGGGUCCGGCAGACUGGACCACCGUCUCCCCAGAGGAGCUGCCUGACCUGAUCACCGAGACCUUCGCAGACGCCCAGACAAUCAUCGACUCUCUCCCGGUGCCUUCAACCCUCCAGAAGGCCACCAAGUCAACCUCAAGUAGUCGCCGCGCCCGCUCCCAUACCGACCCCCCGACCCCGUCGACCGCGAUCAACCGUUCGCUUUCGCCCCGCCAGUCCGGUGCCUCCCUUAAGCUGGUGCAGGACCUGAUGAAGGAGUGGAAGGCAGUCAAGAUCAACUCGCGCGAGAACCCCCUCUCUAUCAAUGUCUACAAGCUUGCUGCCAAGGACGGCCGGGGCGCCUGGUUUGCUCGCCGCAGCGUUCACGACGGUCUGUCCUUCGAGAAAUGGAAGCUGGGUCUUGAGAGGGAGUUUGCCGAAUCUAUGAAGGUUCAGGAUGGCCCUGGUGCUGGUUGCAUUCGGGGCAUCGGCGCCGACAAGAGGGUCGAGCAUCACCUUUUGGAGGAUGUUGGUAAGGCCGAAGUCUUUCAGUUGUCAGCUCAAUUUCCCGGUCCGACCACACCGCGAGACUUCGUCACCCUCGUCCUGACCGGCGAGGCGUCUCACCACCCACCAACUUCCCCUUCAUCUAUGGGAUCUAGUCGGCCGCUGCGAUCUUUCAUGGUCGUGUCAAAACCGUGUCACCACCCAGAGUGUCCCCCACGCGAAGGUUAUAUCCGUGGUCAGUACGAAUCAGUCGAAAUCAUUCGCGAGAUCCCCUCCGACAAGCCGGCAGUUCGCAGAUCAAAGUCGUCUAUCGAUCUCGGCACGGACAAGGACAGGCGCCAGUCCAUCGCCGAGGACAUGGGGAAACAAGCCGUCCUUCGAGCAGCUCAACGCACGGCCGAACCCCAGAAGGAUGAUGACGGCCUCAACCGAGGCGAAUCUGCGGCCUCCACGGGCGACAGCCAUGCACGAGGUGACGCCGUACAUGGUCCAGGCGGUGCUGCAAGCGACGGGGAUGAGUCUCCCACGACUAUCGAGUGGCUCAUGAUCACCCGGAGCGACCCCGGAGGCACCGUGCCCCGGUUCAUGGUCGAAAGAGGAACUCCUGGUGGAAUCGUUUCCGAUGCCAGCAAGUUCCUCAAGUGGCUCACUUCCAAGUCUGCGCGAGAAUUCGCUUCCGGUCCAGAGCACGAGCAUGCCGGAUCGGACCGCGCCAAAGCGGACGCUCUGCACGCCGAGGAGACGGAGUCUCGUGCUCAGAAAAUCGCUUUGGAGCCCACGUCCAAUCUCGUUCCGGACGACGACGACAAUGGCGACAGCGGAAAGCCAAGGCGAUCGUUUGAACGGCAGGGGUCGCAUGGAUCGGAGGAUUCUGACGCCGCUGCCAGCAGUAACGGCCUCUACGGGAUCCUUUUGGGGGCCUUUGGGAUGGCCAGCUCGGUCGUCGCUAGCAAACUUCCAAACAACCUGCCGGGGUUCUUUCAGAAUGGAAACAAUGCGAGCAGUGAGACGAUACCCGAGGAAGAAAACGACUCCACGGAUGACCAGAGCGACGCUUCCUCUCUGAGGUCCUUCACAUCCGCAGUCGAACCUCCGCAAUCAGACCGCAUCGACAACAGCAACGCCGACGGCAGCAGUGUCGGAGCCGGGGCCACCGCUGACCGGCAUGGUUGCGAUGAUGCCAAUUCAAUCCAGUCCAAUUCGAACGAGUCUAGCCCCAGCACCACCAGCAAGCCCCUCACGCAGGCCAACACGCAGUACGAGAAGGACCUCCGCAAGCUCGGAGACCGCCGCAAUAAGGUGAACGACAAACUGGCGCGGCUGCAGAGCCGUAUCGCGACCAAGCGGGACGAGGACGCCCAAAAGGACGCCAGCGCCCUCUCCAAGCUGCGCGGGAAGCACGAGCGCGAGAUGGCCAAGCAAGAGGAGAAGUACCAACGCGAGCUCCGCCGGCUCGAGGAGAAGCGGCAGAGCGAAGAGCGCAAAGCGGAACAGCGUCGCCGGAAGCAGGCCGAGCGGGAAGAAAAGGCCAACAUCGGUCUCGAGCUCCAGCGCGUCCGCGCCGAGCGGGAUAUCGCGCUGAAGCAGGUCGAGGCGCUCAAAGCCCAGGUUGGCGAGCUGCAGACUCAGAAUACGCGCCUCGUGGCAGAGAUGGGGAGAAGGGAUGGGGCGUCAUCUCCUACCGUGCAGAAGGGGCCGUCAGGGUCCGCGGCCGGAAGCCAACUCGCAGAGGAGCAGCAGCCGAUACAGGGCGUCCAGAGAGAGGGCCGUGACGUCUCUGUAGGAUAAAGUCGCGAAGCCAGCUGUGGAUGACGAUCGGGCUGCCGAGGGGCCGGGCUGGAAUGGAACCUAAUCAUUAGCGUACGUGUAUGGGAUCCUUUACCAAGACGAGCGAUGAAGAUUGUAUGACCCAUCAUGAAUAGAUAGAUAUGCUUAGAAGGCUAGGG